CGCAAAAAGCCCAAACUAUUAUAUACAUAAAAUAAAAAAUUCUGUUAACUCUUUAUUUGCCUUUUAAAGAAGCAUCAAUACAACAUUCAACUCAAUUUGUAAUUAUCAGUUCAACAGGUUUACAGAUCGAUCAUAAAUUUUUGUACAUAUCACAUUGUGACUGAUUUGACAUCGCGCGCGCUAAGAAAACAGUAAAAAACAUAAUCUAUGUAAUUAAAGAAUUCAUUUUGUUCAUCGGUGAAGUUUUCAUCAAAGAUAAUAACAAAUGGUAUAAAAACAACAAAAUGGCAGUAUUUUUUUACAAAUAAAUAGAAUACAAAUGUAGUGUUUAUAAUAAAAGUCAAUUAAUUAGUCAGGUAAAUGUUCACGUGAGUGAUAAAAAAAAGAAGGAGAACAUAACGAAAAGUCCAAAGCAAUUAAAAUUUAAAUAAAUAAAUUAGUGCAAAAAUGGCACCAACACCAGAAACAUUUGGACCAAUUGUUCCGUCACCAAAUGACGAUGAAACUACAUCAAAUAAUCAGUAUACAAACAGAGCAUUUAUUAAGGAUGAUACGAUCGAUAGUACCUCUUCAACCCCAACAGAGACAGUGGAUGAUUUAAUGAAACGUUCCAAUAUCGAAAACGAUUCGGAAAAUUUGGAUUUUGAUGAUAUUCUACCACACAUUGGCGAAUUUGGUACAUAUCAAAAAAUCCUUUUCUUUCUAAUGAUACCGUUUGCAUUUUUCGUUGCAUUUGUGUACUUUUCACAAAUAUUCAUCACGCUCGUACCGGAGAAGCAUUGGUGUCUAAUCUAUGAACUAAAACAUUUGCCUAUCGAACAACGGCUACUACUAGGAAUUCCUUCAGAUCAAAAUAGUAUUAAUGGCUAUAGUAAAUGUUCUAUGUAUGCGGUGAAUUUCACGCAAAUGUUAAUUGAUGGCGUAACGAAAGCCGAUCCCAACUGGCCGAUUGUACAAUGUCAACAUGGUUGGGAAUUUGAUAACGAAGAGUUACCGUACUCAACUAUUUCUACUGAACUUGAAUGGGUGUGUGACAAAGCAGCACUACCUUCUUUAGCUCAGUCGAUAUUUUUCUGCGGUGCCAUUGUGGGAGGUCUUUUAUUUGGUAUUAUUGCUGAUCGAUAUGGUCGAAUUCCAGCAUUGGUGGGAACCAAUAUGCUUGGAUUCAUUGGUGGGAUUGCUUCAGCCUAUUCAUUCAAUUUUAUAUCAUUUGCUUUCUUUCGAUUUAUUGUUGGAUUUGCCUUUGAUAAUUGUUUCACAAUGAUGUAUAUUUUGGUACUUGAAUAUGUUGGUCCAAAGUGGCGGACGUUCGUUGCAAAUAUGUCGAUAGCGAUUUUCUUUACGAUUGCCUCAUGCAUGUUACCUUGGAUUGCAAUAUAUCUAAAAAAUUGGCAAUUAUUAACAUUAGUCACAUCAGCUCCAUUGUGUUUAUCGUUAUUUACACCUUGGCUCGUUCCUGAAUCGGCUAGAUGGCUGGUAUCACAGGGUAAAAUUGGAAAAGCCGUUAAAAUACUACGUAAAUUUCAGAAAAUCAAUCGCACCGAAGUAAAACCAGAAAUUUAUGAAAAAUUCGAAAAGAGUUGUACACAAUUACAUAAGGAAGAAGCAGCCAAUAGUACAUAUUCGACGAUUGAUUUGUUUAAAACACCACGCCUAAGAAAAAUCACUUUACUUUUCAUCGUUAUUUGGAUGGCAAUUUCACUUGCUUUUGAUGGGCAUGUACGAAAUGUGGGUGCCUUGGGCUUAGAUGUCUUUAUCACAUUCACUAUUGCAGGCGCCACUGAAAUGCCAGCAGAUAUUCUUUUAACAUUUACGUUAGAUAUUGUGGGCAGACGUUGGUAUGCAUUUGGAUCAAUGGUUUUGAGUGGAGUUUUCAGUUUAAUGUCCACACUGUUUCCAGUUGGCAUCUACUCAGCAUUGAUGGCAAUCAUUGGUCGAUUUUGGAUUAAUAUCUCAUAUAAUAUUGGCUUACAAUAUGUGGCUGAAGUGUUGCCAACGGUUGUGCGCGCCCAAGGAGUAACAUUUAUUCAUAUUAUGGGUUACGUUUCAAGUAUUAUUGCUCCGUUUGUCGUUUAUUUGAGCUACAUUCACCUCACAUUGCCACUGAUCAUUUUGGGUAUAAUUGGUAUUUUGGGUGGCAUAUUGUGUCUGUUUCUUCCAGAAACCUUAGAUGAAGAAUUACCACAAACGCUCGAAGACGGCGAACGAUUCGGAAUGAAUCAACAAUUUUGGGAUAUUCCAUGUUUUAAAAGAAAAUUAAAUGAUGACGAAAAAACGCAAAACUUUGAACGGCCCACAUCAAAAAUGACGUCCAUUGGUGCAUCUCUACGUGCUUCGUCUCGCGCUGAAAUCGGCUCAAAUUUACUCCAUCGAUCAAUCAGUAUAAGACGAUCAACAAAAGCCACUCAAACAUAAUGGUCUCUCGAAUAACCUUUUUUGGUUGAAAUAUUCUGAAUAUUUGUUUUUCAAUUCAAUUCACUUUUUAAUACAAAAUACUAUGCCAACAAUGAAACAUUCUAUCACCUCUUGAAGGCUUUAUUUAAAACUAUUAAAUUGUUUUAUCAUAAUGAUUUAGUGCCAUUACGAAUACAAUAAGAAAUCACAAGAAAACCACUUAAUAGGUCAAGUUUCGUAACCAUUUCACUCGUUUUAUGGUUAUUUUUUAUUCUGUUUUAUUAGUUUAAAAAAUUAAACAAGAAUUUGCUUAGAGUAUGUAGAUGAAAGCCAGAAAUAUCGAAAUGCGUGACCUGCGUCUAACGUCUCUUUCGUCCACCAAAUCGCUUCUUUGGAUCCCGUUCACCUGCACCUGCUUUGGGCUUCUUUCCGCCCGACUUUUGGAAUUUGCCUUUUCCUUUGCUUUUUUUACUUUUCUUUGUUACCGUAUCGCCGUUUGCCUCUCGUCUACAGCAAUAAAUAUGAAAAUAUAUUAAUUAUUAAGAAUUAAAAAUGCCAAUUGGGCUGAGCACAAAACAUUAUGCUUACUCUUGUCGUUCUUCUCGUUUUUGCACCGAAAACGCUUUGUCGUCGUCAAUUUUUGAUUUUUUGCUCAAAACACUCUUGAUUAAUUCCAAAUUAGCAAUUUUUUCAUCACCGUUUGUAAUGUGUGAUGCCUUGCGUUUGGCACCUGGUAUCAAUUCUUUCACUCCAAUUCCACGAGCUGUCUUUUCUUUUGGUAAUUUGCCUUGGAAUUUACCCAUUGAUGCUGUAGAAGCUUUAGCUAUUGUUGAUGCAACUUGAAGCUAAUUAACAAAAAAUAAUAAUUAAUAUUAUGCAUUAAUUACGUGCAUGAUAACAUAAAUAAUCGUGUAAUUACGGUUGAAAUUCGUAUUAAUUAAUUUAAAUCAAUUUAGUGCAUGAAAGAGCAAUUUCAAUCGUUCUCAUAUUGUUUUCAUUUCAUUGUGUUCUUAGAACAUCAAUUUAAUAUCUAGUUCAUAACAUACAUCUGAGGCUGUUGCUGUAUCUGGUCCUAAAUAUCCAGAUCGCGGUAUGGCACCUUUUUUUGCUUUCACAAUAUUUCUCAUGCGUUGAAUUUCAUUUUUUGCUACUUUUUCCGCUUUAAUAUUGGCUUUUUUUGCAAAUUGAUCUUCCAUAGGAUCAGCAUUUUGUGGCACUUCAAGUACCCAAUCUCUUUCCCGUUCAGCUUGUGAUCGUUUGAAUCCAUAUGUUGGAACCCAUUUCUGAAAAUUUAAUCACAUUUUGUUGAAUAUUCAAAUAUAUUUCGAAACAAACGUUAAUAAUACAUACAUCAAGGUCUUGAUCGAACACUUUCUUAUCUUUCUUCGUUUUCUUAAUGCCUUUUUCUAAUGCAAACUGUUCCCAUUUUGUGAGUGGUCUUUGCACCGGACACUUUUUCGAUCUUGGCAAUACAAAUGAUGGUGCUGGUAAUUUUGCAACAAUACACUCUUCAACACGUUCAGUUGGCUGUUCCCACAAUUCGUUGACUAUCAAUUGAACAUUUUCACGUGUCAAUUCAGCCAAAUACUGUUCUUUGUCUUUUCUGUAAUUUGAAUAAAGCAAACAUUACUACCCAUCAAAAUAUUGUUGGUUAAAUAAUAAAUUUGAGUUUAAGUCACUAUUAUACUUGAGUUGUUUUUCAUCUAGAUCAUUGAGAUCGGAGCAUAGAAGAUAUCCCAAAUCAACUUUAGCUUCCAAAUGUUUGUUCACUUCAAUGGAUUUAUAUUUUUCGGCUUCUCGUUGUUCUUCUUCCAAAACACGCUUAACGAUAUCCAUUUUUACUAUAUAAAUCUAGUAUUUAAUAUUCAAAUGAAUAAAAACUGUAAAACGAUGUGAACACACUGGUUGUGUGGACCGACAUCAAAAUACUCUGAGACUCAAACACACGUGCUCUAUUGACAGUUUAUUGUCACAUGUGUCAAACGGUUGUCAAACUGAUUAUUCCCAUUGAUCACACAUUUAAGACCUGUAUUUUGUGCACACAUCUAGAUAAUAAUCAUAGCUGAAUCGUUUGAAACAUUUUUUUUUGAUUAAAUACACGGACAAUUUGAAUGUCCAU